CUCCAAUGACGCAAUUCCAUCUCAAUUUCCUCUCUUCUAUCUAAUCUACCGUUCAUCUGUCCGCGUCUUUCCCUUCAAUCGACCCAUCUUUGAAUCUCUCUCCUCCUCUUCUGAAAAAUCUCUCUUUGACUCCUCCCUUCUCUCUCUGAUCCUCUUCCUCCUAAUUCUCCUCCUCAACCAGGAGGAGCUUUCGAGGCAAGCCCAGGCGUUACUGUUUGGUCGGUUGAAGAGUUAAUCAUCGUCAAGAUGAGCCGACGAGAGUACCAGCAGAACGCCAUGGGAGGCUGCGAGGAGAUGAGGAUGGAGGCUGUGGUGUGCCCGAAACCGCGCCGCUUUGGCCUCUUGAGCCCCUCCAUGGCUGAGCCCAUCAGACCCUUGAGAUGCCAUGUCAAUCACCAUGCUAUGGUGGGGGAUUCAGGAGCUGGGUCUGAGCUUCUUGAUAUGAUCCUCUCUAAGGGGGGCUAUGGAGGCGAGAGAUCUUCCACCCAGGUGGCUUCUUCGCCUCCGUUCUUCUGCGGAUCUCCGCCAGUCCGAGCACAGAACCCGGUGGUCCAAGACGCCAGGUUCGGCACCGAGACAAUCCUGCCAUUUUCCCCAGCCUCGCCUACUCCCUUGUCCUCCUCCGCUUGCAAGGGCACCGGGCCUGCCCGGAUGCAGUUUGGGCACAAGCCCGCUGCUGUGAGAAUUGAGGGGUUCGAUUGCCUGGGCCGGGACCGCGGGAACUGCAGCAUCUCCGCCUGGGCUUAAUCGGACUGAACCGAUAUCACUAACCCAAUUGGAGAAAGGAAGAGGAGGUGCUGCGAAAAUUUUUGACAUGGAAGAUGGGUCAGAGGGUGCUAAUCAAAAUCGAAAUCUUUGAGAAGGUUAUCCAUUAAUCUUCUCUAGUAUGUUACUGUUUACUGCUACUACUACUACAUGUGUAUAUAUAGGAAGGGAUGUUCUUGGGGAAGGCUUUUUUUUUUUUUUUUUGUCUGGGAGUCAUGUCUUAUUAUCCUCAAAGGAAUGUGUACAUGUAAAUUAUGAGGUGAUGAGGGAUGGGAAGCAAAUUUUUUGCAGAAUAAAAGGGGAGAGUGUGAGAAGGGAACGGCAAGAAGAAGAAGUCCUUUUGUCUUCUCUCUCUCUCCUGUUAGGGAUUUUUCAUUGUUUAGGGCUGGUCCUGAGAGAGAAGUACUGAGAUGCUUUGUGUAAAGAAGAAUCUGUUCUUAUUGAGAUCUUAUUGAUCGUCCCCACUUGCAACUGUAAUCUGGAGGAAGUUUGAUGGUUAAAUUAUAGGGUUUUUUGCGCGUCUUGGAAAAA